AUGGCGAGUAACAGAGAGAGAGAAGAGUCUCUGACAUUCACAAUCCCUUCUUCCUCUUCCCAUUCUUCCCCCAUCACCGUCUCCGACCAACUCGACAGCUACCUCGCCGACCCCAGGAGCGCCUCUGGAAGCUUCCAGAACGACGGCCUUCUCUCCGCAGGCGAUGCCGCCGCUGCUGAUCCCGAUUUCGGAUUCUCCCGACCCGAUUUCCGCCAGAGCCCCCUCGCUGGCACCGUCGAGCUCUACCAACGCCAUGUCUUUCUCUGCUACAAGAAUCCUCGCGUUUGGCCACCGCGUAUAGAAGCCGCCGAGUUUGAUCGCUUGCCAAGGUUGCUCCACGCCGCCGUUGUGGCAAGGAAGUCUCACAUGAAAAAGGAGACUCGGUUAACGAUUUGCGAGGGUCAUGAUGGAACUGAGACAUCCAAUGGGGAUGUGUUGAUCUUUCCUGACAUGGUUAGAUACAGGAGGUUAACGCAUUUUGAUGUUGAAACGUUUGUUGAAGAAGUUCUUGUGAAGGAUGGGGAAUGGCUUCCUGGAACCCCUGAGGCAUUGAGAGGUUCGUUUGUUUUUGUGUGUUCACAUGGAUCCCGUGAUCGCAGAUGUGGGGUUUGCGGACCUGUCUUGGUCAGUAGAUUCAGGGAGGAGAUAGAGUUGCAUGGUCUUCAUGGUAAAGUGUUUGUAAGCCCGUGUUCUCACAUUGGGGGAAGUCAGUAUGCUGGAAACGUCAUUGUAUUUAAACCUUGCAAAAAUGGAGAAGUUACUGGUCACUGGUAUGGAUAUGUUACCCCGGAUGAUGUGCCUUUAUUGCUUCAACAUCAUAUCAUAAAAGGAGAUGUUUUAGAUUCAUUAUGGAGGGGCCAGAUGGGUUUAUCAGUAGAAGAACAGAUGAAACAGCAAGAACAAAGGCUCUUGCUGAAUGGCUUAAGAAAUUUAGAAGAAAGCACAGAAGUGUGUAGAUCUCAAGGUAAUUUUGUGAGCUGCUGCCAAUCAAAUGCUAGCUGCUGCCAAUCAAAUGGAGACUCUUCUUUCCGACAGAAUCACAUGUUUUCAGAAAAGAGAAUGGACCCAGAUGUCAUUGAGACAGAAGCAAAGCUCUCAGCUGAUAAUAAAAACAAUGAGUCUGUGCUUUCUCGGAUCAAUAGGAUCAAUAGUGCCAAAGGAGCUUCGCUCAAGUUUCCUACCAUGACAACCUGGCUUGAUGGCUGGGAGCAAGAAGAUACUUAUGCAGCUCUUGCUGUUGUAUGCGCUGCUGUGUCAGUUGCCAUUGCCUACAACUGCUACAAACAAUUGAGAUAA